CCUGCGAGCUGUAUCUCCUUGAGACGGAAAGGAAAGAUUCGAACGGGAGCUUUCAAGUUUGUCCCCCCCCCCUCCAAGGGAGCCCGCGCUUAAGAUUUCUACGAUACGAACAAAACAAUAAGUGCCAAGUUUAGUCUCGCACGUACCUCUGUCACCGGUAUACAGAAUUGUCUUUCGUUUUACCACGGUGAUAUCUCGACACGUGUGACAGCCAUAGGCAACGAAGAAGCUCGAAAGCGAAGAGAGCCAGCGUGCUUGUUCAACGCGAGAGAGAGAGAGAGAGAGAGAGAGAUAGAGGAGACCACGCUUGACGAUCGUUCGAAUCGGUUGAUAACCGCGAAUCUGGCUCGCGUUCACGUCGAUCUCCUCGCACGAUUGAGAGAUUCGAACGGGUGUGCUUCCAAUGUAAAUCCACGAGCGUAUUAUCGGAGUGGCAGUUUUUGUGUUCACGAAGUUCGUACACUGCGGGUUAUUCCUGUCUCACUGGCUUUCGUACAACGUCGCCGCGAACGUCGUCCUUGCUCUGGAACGGGGAAGAAGGCCUAGCCCACGACUGGAUCGCGAGAAAAAUUACGACUAGCUCCAGUGUUUUUUUUUUUUUUUUGUGUAAAAUCGAAGGAACAUGUCGACAGCCGUCAUGAGCACAACAAUGUUCGAGUGUAGCGAGCAUCUUUUCAAGAAUGCGGCUUCCGCGAAGGCGAAGGAAGCAGCGUCAACGUCGUCGAACGCGUCCGGGAACGGUUCGUCCGGCAACAAUGGCGGCCACGCGCCUCUGCGGCGCAGCUACACGUCCCUGGUAACCACUCUGAUCGAGCAGCACCGUAAGCUGGACCGCAGCGCAAGCGAGCCGACGUCCCGGUACAAGACAGAGCUCUGUCGGCCGUUCGAGGAGAGCGGCACGUGCAAAUACGGCGACAAGUGUCAGUUCGCGCACGGUUACAGCGAACUGCGCAACCUUGCCCGUCACCCGAAAUACAAGACCGAGCUGUGCCGCACCUUCCACACGAUCGGUUUCUGCCCGUACGGGCCGCGUUGCCAUUUCAUUCACAACUUCGAGGAGGCGCGAAUUCACAAUCAGAAGGUGAGCGCCCAGCUGGGCUCCACGCAGCCGAACAUCAUGGGCUUGAAUCCGUUGUUGAGCGCGGCGGCCGCGGCGGCAGCAGCGGCGGCGGCCGUCGGCGGCAACAGCGCCGCCUGCAACGGCUCCAACGUAAAUCAAACCGUGAACAGCGUGGCGCUCCUCGAGCAGAUCGCCGCGUCGCCGCAAGUCGCGGCAGCCGCCACGCCGAGCCUGAUGAGAACCAACUCGUUGAGCCUGUGCAGCGGCACGAACACCUACAACCCGCCGCCGUUGCUCAGAACGAAUUCCUUGAGCUUGACCACCAGCCAGCAUCACCAUCACCACUCCCACCACCACCACCAUCAUCAUCAGACCGGCUCGACGACGGUCAGCUCGGUGAUCGGCGCCACCAGGCCGAAGCCGUUGAAUCUGAGCCCGACGUUCUCCCUGGGCAGCACCGGGGACUCGAUCUCGCCCUCGUCCAGCCUCAGUCAGUCGCCCACAAACUCCAUGGCGAGCUUCUUCAGCGACGACUGCACCAGCCAGCAACCGUCCGUCACGAGUCUACCGAACACCGCGUUCAGCUUCGGCCAGGAUUUCGGUCUGCUGGCGACGAGACAGAGCCCCAGCCCGCGGACGAACAGCGUCUGCAGUCCGUUGGGCUCCGACGAGCUGGCGCCGAGGACGCCGUCGCCGUUGUCGCCGAACGCCGAGUCCAGGCUGCCUGUGUUCAACAGGAUCAGCAGCACCCUCGGCGACUUCGAGAACCUGAAGAUCUAAGGGAGCCUCUCCUGGGUCCUUCGACUCUUUGGUAUAUAUUUAUAUAUCGUUUAUCUUUUUUGUCGCAAAUUUCUUUCACGAGGACACGCACAAACGCGCACACACACAGACGUUACGUGUAGAGAGAGAUGAUUGUGUUCACGAGAACGUUAUUUUCUUUAAACCCGAAGGAGAACCCGGAAAUGCGAAGAGCGUUGGACCCGAAGACGCUAAUUUAUCUAACGAAAAGACAGGAGAACGUGUGGGGGAGAGGGGGCGGGCUCUCCCACCGACUCGAGGAGAAAGUUUCUUUUUCUUUUAUUUUUUUUUUCUUUCUUUUUUUUUUUAAAAGAAAACAUUUUGAGCUGCAUUUCUCGCGUGGGACGGAUUCUUCCUCUCCGUCGUACUCGGCUUCUUAUUUAAGCGUUUCUUUUCCGUUCGUAGAACACGUUAGACAUCUUAUUCUCGUUCUUUAAAACGAUCGUCUCUUCCUUUUUAUCAUAAUCGUCCUGAUUAUUAUUAUAUUAUAUUAUAUAUUAUAUAUUAUUAUCGCUAUAAUUAAUAUUAUUAAUAACGUUAUCAGUAAUAUCACUAUCGUAUAUAUACUGAAUAUCGUCAUUACUCUUAACUGCAUUAGUAGCGUCAGUCACUUUCUGACUCCGACCACCAGGGCCGUUUUCUUCUCUUUUUUUCUUUAAUUUAGGUUUACGGUUCAUUUAGUGGAAAAGUCGAGAUCGUAAUCAGCCCGGAUGCACGCGAACGAUAACGAAACAUGAUUCAGGAUCGGAGGGGGGGAGUCGUUGGAACGGGAGGAACUGGCCCCAAGUUUCUUCCGAAUCGUAACUUUCCACGAGCAAGUUGUUCUUUGAUCUCUCUUGGACACCCGGUACAGUGCCUCUUCUCGUUCCUCCGGCUCCUCCGCCCUUGGUGCGAUCUCCGAUCCACGGACUCGCCUACGAGAGUGUCGUCGCGUACGAUCCGGGGCAGGUGAAACGUUGCAAUAUUCCAAAACACUUAGUACGUUACGUUUCUAUUCUUCGAUUCGUAAUAUCCUUUUCUUUUUUCUUAAUUCUUUCAUUUUGUAACUUUUUAAUCUUUCGAUGUCCCUUCGUCCGCGAGGAAGGGAAAGGAAAGUUGCGUCGAGAGUGAAAGGAAAUGACGAAAGAUAGAUAUAGAUAGAGAGAGAGAGAGCAACAGCAGCAGCGCCACGCACUCGCGACGGACGAAGGCGAGUAGAGCGAACAGAGACAGAGAGAGAGAUGAAGUGAGAGCGUGGCGCGCUCUGUCGGUAUUGGGGCGGUGUGACGAAUCGCGCGAACAGAUCAACAAUCAAACCAUGCUAUGCAAAUUAAGUGGCUUAAGAACUCCGAUUGUCUUCCAAUGUUUGAGCGAGUGAAAGUGUGUUUGUGUGCGUGCGUACCAGGCGGCGAGAGGAAGAUGGCGCCGCGGUGCGAGCCAAGCGCCGCGGUGACGAGCAAAAGGGGGAUAAUAAGAGAAAGUGGUGGCGCGUUUGUUCCGAGUUUGUGCGUGUGUGUGAAACUGUGCGUGUGCCUGCGCGUGUGCGUGUGUGUAUGCGUGUGUGUAGCAUUACGCAUGGGAAACGACGUGUUCUCCGAGUGAAUCUGUCCUUCGUACGUAAGUCACAUGAAAACGUGUUUUGUGUGCCGAGAGAAAGAGGUUAUAUUUUAUAGGCGAGGAGUCGGCUUAAGGGCUUUCGAGAAAAUCUAUUCGCUUCGAAGGCGGCCGGACACGUUUCCUUGACGACGAUUUCAAUUUUCACGCCUAUUAAACGCGAUCGGUUUUUUCGACAACGAGACAUAUUACUCGUCCUUCGAAGCAAUUCUUUUUUACGAGAGGACCAAUAGGCGCAGGAAUUUCCGACCAGCUUUAAGUUACCUUUACUUAGGAUCCUUUUUAUCAGUUUUUUCCCCCCCAUUUAGAGAUUUUUUUUUUCUUUUUUUUUCUUCGUCCUUGGCUAGGGGAUUUUGGCUUUUUUUUUUACACUGACGCCUCCUUGGUUUUAUCGCGAAAGAAAGGGACGAGAGUCACUUUCGCCAAUUCUUAGCGUAUUCGAAAAGGGGUGAAAUAAGUUUAAGACAAUCCGAGAAUCGAUAUGGGUCCAAAAAAGCCAAACGUAUCCCGCGGGGGAUUUUCUUUUUACCUUAAAAAAAAGAGAAACAGGAAAAAAAAAGAAAUCUCAGUGAUUCGCCGGAAGUUUUUAAUGAAUCAACAGGAACUUAGAGUAUAUUGUACGUUUAAGGAUAUCGAUGGCUUCCUCGCGGUGCCUUAAAGCAGGCCUUGAUUAUGAAAUAAGCGAUACGAAUGUGUGCGUUAGGCAAGAAAGAGAGAGUGAGAGUGAGAGGGAGAGAAAGAAAGAAAUAUCAACAAUAUCGUGGUAUAUAUAUAUAUAUAUAUAUAUAUUUAUAUAUAUGUAUAUGCAAUUGUUCUCUCCCGUUAAAAAAAAAAAUGUGAUAUGUAACUAUUGCAAUAGAAAUAUAAACUAUUAUUAAAAAAAUAUUCUAUUAUAGGGAGCGAAAGGUGAUGAGCAAGAGAGAUAGAGAGAAUGACGAACGAGAGUUUGAAUAGAGAGAAAGCGAGAGUGAACAAAAGUCAACGGGGGCGGCGUCAUUAUUUCGAGAGCGCGUCGGAUUCGCGGAAGAAAGCAUUUUUCGCGGCUCGGAGACGUUCGAAGAGACGCUUCGAGAAACAAAAAAAAAAAAAAAAAAUAACAACAUUUUAUUUAGACUUUCGAGAAUAUAUUCUUGUUUUGGAAAACGCUUGCUUCCGGUGGGCGCCGUUCCCUUGACGAUUUUGAAAGAAAGAGAGAAAGAGAGAAAGAGAGGGAGAGAGAGAGAACAAAAUAAAACGAAAGUGCCUAAAUGACGUGGUUUCUGAAAAUCGAAUACAUUUUGUACAUAUGCACACAGCACACUUCUUAUGGUAAACAAAAAAAAAAAAAAUAAUGUUUUCGUUUAAUUUAUACUUGAAAGCAAAUGUUAUUAUAGUUUUAGUUUAUUAAUAUUAUUAUAAUAUUAUUAAUAUAAUUAUUUUAUUAUUAAUUAUUAACUAUUAUUUUUAUUAUUAUUAUAAUUAUUAUUAAUAAUCGUAUUUCGCAACGCUGUACGCCUCAGUGAAGCCUCUGGCGCUUCGACGAACAGCACCGGCAUCCAUUUAAAUAUUUUUCUCCAUUAUUAUUUAUCUGGUCACAAUCGUUUCUUUUUUUCUUGAUUUUUUUUUUUCUUUUUUUUUAUUUCUCAUUUUUGUUCUCUUCCCGCUUGUAACGAUGAAAUUAUUUCGCGAGUGCUCACACACAGCUUCGUCGGUUGCUUCGACGAAUCGUCGUUUCAAAACUCCGAACUAUACGGUCAAUUAGUCCCGCGUCCCAUCUAUUAUCGCCGACACUUUUUUUGCGGUAAAAUAUAUUUAUAUAUAUCACGCUAUUAUUAUUAACGUUAUCACUAUUGCUAUUACUACUACUGCUGCUAUUACUACUACUUUAUACUACCCCUAUCACUACCACCACCGCUACUACUGUCGUUAGCACUAGCCUAGCAUUUCCACGGAUCGUUGUCAUUGAUCAUAUCAUCGUUCAUCGUCGUAAUUCCGUGCCAGGAAACGAAACGAAAAAGCAAACCCCCCCCCCCUCGUGCUGGGUUUCGUCGCGUUGCGUUCAACUUUGUACAUCAUCCCCCCAUUAUUUAACGAACAUUAUUUAAUUUCUUCUCCGUUAUUUCGUAAGCAUUUCCAUUUCUCUUGUGCCUUCGCGUCACGUUUAUCAAUCGCGGGCUUCCAUUUUCUUUUUGCUCAUUUACACGACGGCGAACGCGCUUCUUCGUUUUCACGCCGCGAAGUGGUCUCGACGUGAGAUCACGUUCGAGAAACUGUAGGGGACACCCGUUGUCUGCUCUUAAAUUAUUUUACCGAUUAUUUCUUUUUUUUUUUUUUUAACGCUGCUCGUUACUCGUCGAACGCGCGUUGGUUUCUCGAAGUCCGAUACACCGUAUCGAUGUCAGAUAACGAAGUAUCGUUUUGUACCAAUUUUCGAUACUUUUAUGACGAUAUUAACACCGUAUGGAUCGCGCGGGCGUCGAUACCGUCGUGAAACAUAUCGAAAAUAGGAAAAAGUCUCUAAUCGGUGCGGCCUGAGUUGCGAACAGAUACAACUUAAUCGAUACCGAUUAGAUACUGUUUCUUAUGUUUGAUAUAGUCGCUGUAAUAUCGACGUGUUCCAACAGCAUCGAAAAUCGAUGCCCCGGGUAGUCGAGAUUUUCCAUACCUCGCGAUAUUCCCAGCGAAACAUCGAUGUGUGUCGCGCCGGUACCGCUAAACAUGGCCGCCUCGAGAAACCAACGUUCGACCGGAACCGAAAAAUCAGUGGUAACACGCGUGUCAUAGCCUGUGCCGCGAUGUCUCCUGCAAAGCAUUAUCGUCUGUAACGUCUCGGUUCGAUAACUAAUCCUUUUCUUGUCAUUGACAACGAAGAAUAUACGCGAUACGGUAGCCAACGUAAUUUUUAGUUCGAUUCGUCGCGUCGCGAGCUCUCGUGCGUUAGCCGGCGCGGUUGCGCGCGCAGCUCGGUUAGAAAAUCUCUCGUGUGACGCGCGAGAGGGUCAAUCGGAACGAGACACGGACCCACGUACUACGUAGUACCAGUCGCACACAGGCUGGGACAGAGAACGCAGACGGAGAAAGAAUGAUAGAAGAGCGCGUUUACCCGGGCGCAGAGAGUGAAAGUCCCGGAGAAGUUUCUUCUCGCUCGGAAGAGAAAUAAAAAGAUGCGUGGGCACG